CGACCAGAGACCACCAACCAGCAGCAAUGGGCUUCCAGAUCGACACCAUCAAGGCCGGCGACGGCGUGAACUUCCCCAAGCCCGGCCAGACCGUGUCCGUGCACUACGUGGGCACGCUCACCGACGGCUCCAAGUUCGACUCGAGCCGCGACCGCGGUCGCCCGUUCCAGUUCCAGCUGGGCGCCGGCCAGGUGAUCCGCGGCUGGGAUGAGGGCGUCGCCAAGAUGAGCAAGGGCCAGGUCGCCAAGCUCACGCUGCCCCACGAGUACGCCUACGGCGAGCGCGGCUACCCGCCCGUGAUCCCGGCCCGUGCCACGCUCAUCUUCGAGGUGGAGCUGCUGUCCUUCAACUAGACGGCUUGAGCUCCCUCGGAUGAGCACGGAGGACGUGCGACGUCUGUGUAGCUGUGUUGUGUAUAGGACGGCAUGCUCCGAUCCUUGUGCAAAGUAAAAUUUCUACAUACACGACGCAGUCUUUUGGGCCAC